AUGCCCUUUUUCACUCUUCUCAGUUCCAUCCGCUGUCCCGUCCGCAAAAAAAUUGAGCGCUACCUGCGUUGGCCACAGCCUCUCUGCUCCUGUACUGGUCUUACCACAGCAGUUUCCUUUCCAAACAGAGAAAUGGGUCAGGGGCUCUUUGAGGGCAGAGGAUCAGGCCUUAAUCUGCUCACUGCUCUCCUGCCACUUCCAGCCUUAUGGUCGCCUCUGUACAAGCUUAACUCUGCCAUCUGCCUAAUGCGGCCUGCUGGGUAUUGUAGGGGGGUUGAGGGAAGAGCUGUCACGCUAAGGUUUUCUGCUUUCAGUGACUCCUAUCCUCUGAAGUGGGCCCAUACUGAGUAA